GGCGGAAAUGGAGGAGGGGAUCGGGACUCGGGAGAUAUUCGUGGCAAAUAUUUAAGCUUGAAUAGAAUAUUUCUCAUUCUGGUUCAUUUUCAUUACAGCACAAGCUUCUCUCGGUGUCUUUGAUUUGGAGGCUUUCUUUCUAUGGCAAAAAGCUCGUUCAAAUUGGAACAUCCCCUGGAGAGGAGGCAGGUUGAAUCUGCUAGGAUCCGAGAGAAGUAUCCCGACCGAAUUCCGGUGAUUGUGGAAAGGGCUGAAAAGAGUGAUGUGCCAGAAAUUGAUAAGAAAAAAUAUUUAGUUCCUGCUGAUUUAACUGUUGGUCAGUUUGUUUAUGUGGUCCGAAAGCGGAUCAAGCUGAGCCCCGAGAAGGCCAUAUUCAUUUUCGUGAAGAAUAUUCUGCCCCCAACUGCUGCUAUGAUGUCUGCCAUUUAUGAGGAAAAUAAGGAUGAAGAUGGUUUCCUUUAUAUGACCUACAGCGGCGAAAACACCUUUGGGUUGCUCUGAAAUGAUAUGAUGCAAAUGUGUAUAGAAAAUGGGAGGGAAGGGGAAGGAUCACAUAUGCUCUUCUUGUACAUUCCCCUCACUCCAUCAGUUGACUCUGUUCUUUAUGCCUUCAAAUGCAAGAUUUUCUGUAUAGUUUAUUCAACGAAGACUGGUCCUAUUUGUGUUAUUCAAAACUUAUGCUGUAAAUAGUGGGAGUUUAUAACAGUUGGUGGUAUUAUAUUUCA